AUUUUGUCGUGAAAAUAAAUACUCUUCAGAUUACAUAAUUUAGAGAUCAAUUUUUGGCGCGAAUUUGUACGUGGAAGGACACUACUAAGCGCUUCGGUAGUAUAACGUUAAAUCCCUUCAGCGCCCCACCCACUGCCUUUCCGCACCGCAUGGUCUUGUGAUAUGGGGGUUAGCGAAUUUAUGUUGUUUUAACAAACUAUUUCUUACGUAUUCAUAUUUUUUUGUCAGCUACAGUUCGUCGACGACGGGGUUUUGCCUACAUUCACUUGGGUCACUGAAGAAAAAGGCUUCUGUAAACAUGCUGCCGAGUCGUUCACCGCCACAUGACUGGCUUGUCGAGUCGGAACCGCUGCUGUUCGACGACGAGUUCUGUCAGAGCUUAAUCAAGGACCUGCAGUAUGGACCCCCGCCGCCACAGUCACCGCCGGCAGGCCUUGGCAAGUCCUUAUCCAACGUGGAUCAGCUCGAGUUGGUAUCGGAGCUCUUGCUCGAGGACAGCGACUUUUUGCACUGGAACUGGAACAGUGACCCCGCCGAUGAGCGGCUGAGGUGUUCCGUCUCAGACGACUGCUUGUGGCCAUGCGUCGCGGAGAAAUUGGCUGAAGAGAAAAUGUCCGUCCUUUCCACGAGUCCUCUGCUUUCGGAUAUUGAUACAGAGAUCUUUGCCGAGAUUGUCGGUUCCACGCUGGAUUGUGGCGGCGCUGCGGCCACGUGUGAGGAUCUAAUGCAGAGCGAUAACUUGAUCCUGAACUCUCCCGAGUUGAGCGAGACCUCCGAUUAUGGCUCCUUGUCCGCGGCCGGAGAAUCAUCCAGCGAUUCUGAGGAAGAGAUUGAUGUAGUGACAGUUCGCCGCUGCAACACAUUCACUCGCUCGCAGCAGCAGAGAGACGACAGUAAACGUGAGCAGAAGCGGGCUCUCAAACGCUGUCACCUGGAGAUCCAGCAGCAACACAACUAUGCUGCUCCUCGCCCAGCCUCACCCCCACCGCCUUCAACAUGUCUAAAACGUGUCCGGGGAAAUACAAGACAUUUCACCUCCCGUCACGCCUACGACCUGGAGGACGAUGAGGAGCGCCGUAGGACUCAUAACGUUAUGGAACGGCAACGGCGCAAUGAGUUGAAGAACUGCUUCCAGCGGCUGCGUGACCACGUGCCAGAACUGUCUAACAAUGACAAAGCAUCCAAGGUGAUGAUACUGAAACGAGCUAAGGAGAGCAUCCGCAAUCUGGAAACAGACGGACAGAGACUCAGUAAAAAGAGAGACAGACAGAGAGAGAAACAGGAACAGCUCAAGGCCAGAUUAGAGCUGCUCAAAACACUUUGAAUUUUCUGAAGAAUGUUUUUGGGGAAAAAUACAGCUGGAGUUUGUGGAAUGGCCUAGCAUUGACUGACUGUCAAGAGUUGCUGCACCUGAGCAAUGGCAGCACUAUUUACUGAGAGUUCAUCACUAAGGAGAUGGCUGGAUUUUUUUAUUUUUAUUUUUCCCUUCCUUUUGGAAAUGUGCAUCUUCAAUGCAAAAGUUGUUCUCAGAGUAGUUUUUUUAUCGUAUGCCAAAAUUAUUAGUCUUAAAAUGAGGAAAAAUUGUAUUUUCUAUACAAUUUUGUUAUUUACCAUUUGUCAGCCUAAACUAUCAUUAAUCUGUAUAAAUUGUCACCUUUACUAAUCAUUGAACAUUUUGCGACCCCUCCCCCCUACACACACACCCUGUCAUUGUAAAUGACCAUGUGCUACUGAGGUGUGAUUUUGGGCUGGAUCCAAAAAUGUUAGAUUUCUGGGGAUGAAUGUAAUUGUCUGUACAUGAUUGUAUGGUCUAGGCAUUUAUGUACUGGAAUGACAAGACCAGUUGGUUGACAUUUGCAUUAUCAUUCAUAGUUUGGCGUGUCAUUCAGAAAAUGAGUUCUUAUUUGAAUCUCAUUUUCUUGUGUGUCGGUUAUAGUAUUUUUAUUCCUUCUCUUAUCUACCUCUACCAAGGAGACUGGGAGUAUUACAAUUAUUGCCUUUAUAAUGGCAACUGUAGAAUUUAUGUAUUUUUCUCACCUUCCUAAUUACAUAUGAUAAAUUAUUUAGGUGGUAUUUUGUUUGCAAAUUUGAAGGUUUGUUGUUUUUAGUAGCACUUUUUAUACUUCUAUUAAACAGUAGACAAUA